GAGGUACACUAACCAAAACAUGUGAAUACGCACACACUAUACCAUCUCCCGUGCUGUGAUUCCCUUUCAAACAACGCUUAUCUCCUGAAGCUUGAAAAAGCCUGCUGGACCAGCCCAGAUGGAUGCAAUUUUGAACUGCAGACUGGAUGAGUUGGAAGAUUACUACAACUUGCUAGGAUGUGAUGAACUAUCUACGGUUGAACAAAUUCUUGCAGAAUUUAAGAUUAAAGCCCUUGAAUGUCAUCCUGACAAACACCCUGGAAACCCCAAAGCAGUGGAGAAUUUCCAGAAGCUGCAGCAAGCUAAGGAGGUUCUUAUUCAUGAAGAGAGUCGAGCGCGCUAUGACUACUGGAGGAGAAGCAAAAUCACCAUUCCUUUCCAGGAGUGGGAGGCCUUGAGCAGCUCUGUGAAAACGUCAAUGCAUUGGGCUGUCCAAAAUAAGAAGGAUCAAAUGCUGGAAGCUCCUGACUUGAACAAUAGCAACAACUUAACUAAUGAGAUUUGGACCCAGAAAACUGAAAACGAUGAAGAUGGAUUGUCUGAUGGGAACAGGGAGCAAGAUGUUGCAAUUCCUGAUGUAAAACCACAGUCUUCAAAGAAUCCAGACUCCCCAAGAUUUUCAGAGGCAAACUACUGGCACUUACGUUUCCGCUGGUCGGGGGAUGCCCCAUCAGAUCUUUUGAGGAAAUUCAGAAACUAUGAGAUCUAAAAUGGAAAAUACACAGGAGUGUGAGGUCAUCUAUUCAACAAUUCAGUAUUUUUUUGCAGCAGUUUUAAGUUAUUUGUAUUUUGUGUUCAUUCAUUGUGAUUUGAACGUUGUUUGAAUGAAUGUAACAUCUGUAUCUGUUAACACACGUUCUAUGAGCAUUACAGGUGGAGAUCUGUUUUAAUAAGAAGGUUCAGUAAGCAGAGCCCUUCUCAGUAUUAAUGUAGUUAUCUAGAUACGGUGUAGUUAUCUAAUUUCUUAUAUACUGUUUCUUGUGGUUUUAAAUAUUGUGCAGUAAGUAAUAUUUUUUUUUUUAGUUCUGUGAUAAUAACGUAUUCUCGGCAGAACUGAAAGUCAAUGCUAGAUUCCAGGAUAUUACUCUAUUAAAUGACAAUCUACCAAAAGCUGUAUGACAGUGAACUUAUAACUGUGCUUGCUUCUAAACUAUGUACUUUGAUUCUCUACUCUACUGCACUGUACUUACUGCAGUGAUUUGUAAUGCACGCAUUGACAAUACUUUUACAAGCCUUACUUGUUGGACAGUUGUAAUUUUACAAUUUAAAUUAAACAAGAACCUUAUUAUUAUCCAGCAGGUAACCAUGGUGGAUCAAGCACUCUCAAAAAUCACUUGCAUUGUAUCAUAAUAAGUAAGCUUUUUGCACCGUUUGUUUUAGGAGGCAGUUUCAGAACCUUGCUUUAUUGGACAGAAAGUCUUCUUGUUAAGAUUUGUUGGUGUAAAUCUGAUACCACUUGUAUGUGUGCCAGCGUUGUCCUAGCUUAAUAGUUACUUUAUUCCCUCUGUGUCCUCGCAGACAGGGUCAUAUCAGGAUUCUGUAUGCUAAGUAUGAAGAACCAGGCCAGCCUGCACUAAUGUGUUUAACAUCUUAUGUGAUAAGUUUUUGAAAUGUUGAGUGACUUUCAAAUUCUGUGUUGUUUGUAUUUUGCAUUUGCUUCCUUCUUUGUAAUCCUGACUGAUAUGUCAGCUUAUUGAUGCUGUGUUCUUGUGUGGGCAAGUGAUUCUGACAACAAAUAAAACUACAUGCAUACAGAAA